AUGGCCAAGCUGGCAGCUCUGCCGUGUGUGUCUCUUACUGUAUAUGCAGCACCAGGAAAGGAAUCGACAGCCCAGCCGAUGAAACCAAGUCAGCUUUCAAUUUACUGUUCACCACCUCUGGAAUCUAAAUACAUUGAGGAACAACCUGGCCGUUUGCAGAAGGGAUUCUGCUCAGUAAGACAGAGAACCAGCCGCUACCUCGGGUGGUGCAAGAAUGUUUUUGUCUUUGUUAAAAAUGGAAUAAUGGAUUCAGUUCAAUUUGGAAAAGAUGCUUAUGUUUACCUCAAGAAUCCGCCACCAGAAUUUCUUCCCAAAGCUGGAGUAAUUACAAUAUCAGGCCUAGCUGGCAUAGUGCUGUCAAGAAAAGGUUCUAGAUUUAAGAAAAUUGCAUAUCCAUUUGGACUUACUGCUUUAGGAAUUUCAGUUUGUUACCCAGCUCAGUCAAUAGUAGUUGCUAAGGUAACAGGGAAAAGGGUGUUUUCUGCAAGCCAGCGCUCCUACGAAGCAGCACGAUCGCUGUGGGUGAAGGAGGAGGAUGCCACAAAGCUGCAGCAAGAAUCAAGAUCACUUAAACAAGAGGAUAAGAAAAAGAAAGAAAUUUCAAAUACAUCAGCUGAAUCUGCUGUGAAGUCAAAAUCAUUUGACCUGCCAGAAUCUUCUCCAGCAGAGUCUUCACAUACUGUAGAUCCAGUGUCUUUGUUAGGAACAGUGAAGACGGCAAAAUUUAAACCUGACCCAGAACUUAUGGACCAUGGUCAAUCCAACCCCGAAGAUGUGGAUAUGUACAGUACUAGGAGCUAAGACACCUGCUU